AAGCAGGGGCCUCCAAGAUGUGACGCAGCCCUUACCUUCAGGGUUAGCGCCGGCUGGGAAGGCCGCGACCUAACUAGGAGAUUAGGAACAAUGUCAUCAGGGCCACACUGGAGCUCCUGCCAAGUUCAGCAGCCCAUGGAGCCAAUGGGGACGAAGUCCGAAUGCUAGGCAACUCUAUCCUAAAAGUGUUUUCAACGUUCUCAAGUCCUAUAAUUUAUUCUAAUCAAAAUAGAACGUACUCGCAGAAGCUGAGAAACUUCCUCAACAGGAAGAACGAAUUCGGCGCGGCGCGCAGGCGCUUUCAGUCUGUCCUGGGUCCGCCUCUUCCGCCCGCUGCGGGCGCCGAUUGGUCCGCGUGGUCAUAUAAAGGGACUGCGCGAAAUCCUUGACCUCCUUUCCUCAGCUGCCGCCAAGGUGCUCGGUUCUUCCGAGGAAGCUAAGGCCGCGUUGGGGUGAGGCCCUCACUUCAUCCGGCGACUAGCACCGCGUCCGGCAGCGCUAGCCUCACACUCACCCGCACCAUGGCCUCCGUCUCCGAGCUCGCCUGCAUCUACUCGGCCCUCAUUCUGCACGACGAUGAGGUGACCGUCACGGAGGAUAAGAUCAAUGCCCUCAUUAAAGCAGCCGGUGUAAAUGUUGAACCUUUCUGGCCUGGCUUGUUUGCAAAGGCCCUGGCCAACGUCAACAUUGGGAGCCUCAUCUGCAAUGUAGGGGCUGGUGGGCCUGCUCCAGCAGCUGGUGCUGCACCAGCAGGAGGUCCUGCCCCCUCCACUGCUGCUGCUCCAGCUGAGGAGAAGAAAGUGGAAGCAAAGAAAGAAGAAUCCGAGGAAUCUGAUGAUGACAUGGGCUUUGGUCUUUUUGACUAAACCUCUUUUAUAAUGUGUUCAAUAAAAAGCUGAAUUUUAA